UGAUGUUAAACAAAAGGCAUAUGCCAACUUUUUCAUGGUACAUUAAAAGAAUUGAUGUGAUUGCAGGAAUGAAUCCCUCCUCCGUGUGCACUUUUUCCUCCACUAAAGUAUAUGUGGAACUUUCAAUGUCUAUAUCAGCUUCAUGUUUUAAAAAGACAUGAUCAUUCAAGAAGAGGCAGAUUAAGAGAAGGAAGUUAUAGUGUUGACUGAAAGGGAAAAUACUCUGAUGGGGAGCUAUGUGGAAUGGUACCCUAUUUUUAUUAUGUUGGCAAUCGAUUUUGCUUUUGCCAUUAGUAACAUACUUCUCAAGAAGAUUAUACUGGAUGGGAUGAACCAUUUGGUCUUCAUAACUUAUCGGCAGUCCAUUUCAACCAUUUUUUUAGCCCCAGUUGCCUUCUUUGUGGAAAAGAACACCAGACCAAAACUCACCUCUCAAAUCUUGUGUAACCUUUUCUUGAGUGCCAUUGUUGGGGCAUCUCUUACACAAUACUUAUUCCUUCUUGGCAUAGAAUACACGUCCGCAACUUUCGCAUGUGCCUUUGUCAACAUGGUUACUGUGAUCACAUUCCUCAUGGCAUUACCUUUUGGGUUAGAGACUAUCAACAUUAAACAUGGAAGUGGAAUAGCCAAAGCGAUUGGUACACUAAUAUGCGUUGGAGGUGCCUUCAUACUGACUUUUUACAAAGGCAUCCCUUUGAUACAUUUUUCAGAGCAACAAUCUGUAUCUCCAUCCUCGGAAGGAGCCAUUAGUUCCUCAAAAAUAAAGGAAAGAUGGAUCUUUGGUUCUCUGGCCUUGUUUGCUGGGACGCUUUUGUGGUCUUCGUGGUUCCUUCUCCAAUCGUUUAUUGGAAAGAAAUAUCCAUGCAAGUACUCUAGCACUGUUAUUAUGACCUUCUUUAGCGCCAUACAAGCGGCUAUCUUGACUUUGUCCAUUGACAGAAGACCAUCCAUUUGGAUUCCAAAGGAAAAGAUAGAUAUGCUGAGUAUCAUCUAUGCUUCAGGGAUUAAUAGGUUCCGGAAUGUGUUUUGUGGGAAUGUCAUGGUGUGUCAAGAAGAGGGGUCCAGUCUUCACUGCAGCAUUCAGUCCUCUUGUCCAAGUUAUGGCAGCCUUGUUCGAUGUUCCCAUUCUGCACGAACAACUCCAUCUCGGAAGUGUAAUUGGAUCGGCUAUUGUAAUUGCUGGUUUAUACUUUCUGCUUUGGGGCAAGAACAGAGAAAUGCAAAAAGUUGUCCAUGAAACUGAAGAGAAAAAAGAGAAGGAGCUACCCUUCAAAGAUUUAGAAACCAAUUCUGAAUCCAGGAUCCCUUGAUGUCAACUUUAUCUACAAGUAUUUCAAAAUGUAUUCCGAGUUUUCUUGGUUAACCUUAGAUUUUGCAAUAAAAAAUUGCAGCUUUAUAGUUAAAUUUUGUUCUUCAAAGAAAGAGUGCAACAACCAAUUGAUUAAGAGCCUAUCAAAACUGUCAAUUGUAAGAAUCAAGUGUUUACUCAAAUUGGCUGCAGAUAAGAUAUUAUGCAACCAAAGGAGACUAAUCUGAGAGUAGCAGCACAGCAGAAAGAUCUGACAAGAUGUUAUGAUUAAUAAAAAUAAUACAAAUGCAACAUUUUCCUUU